AUGAUCACCCUCGAACCCAGAGCCUGCAGUGCCUGUGGAAAAGCGAAGCGGAAAUGUAGCAAGCAACUUCCGACAUGUACUCGCUGUCAAACCAAAGGUCUUGAGUGCAUCUAUCCGACGCCGCGACCGUCCUGUUUCGUUCCGUACGGGGACGAUGUCAGCGACCCGCCGACCCUGCGGGAUGCCGCCCCAGCGGACGCGGACAUACGACUCCCCACGCCGACACUGUCUGCUCUGGACGGACUCCCGCCGACCCCGUCAGAUCUACAUCUGAUGUCGUGCUCCAGCCCGCCGGUCUGUCCGACGCUAUCCGAUCUACAAGAAGCGUGGUUUCUCACGCGAGACUCCUGGACCGUCCAACCCCUCCACAUAGUCCACUUAUCCCCGACCCCCGUGUCCGCGGGCUGGCGGUAUAUCAACCGCAUCCGCGCAUGGCUGGCGGACUGGACCACCGGCGCCCGGAACCCGCUCAUUCACAGUCAACUCUACCAGAGCCGGUUGCCCAGUAGCAUCCAGGACGCCUUCACGGCGCUGUCAAGUUACCACUCACGCACCCCUCGCACGGAAGAAUUCAUCUACCGGAUUCUUGAGGGGCGCGCCGCAUCGCUGGUCGACGGCCAGAGCCAGUCUGACACGGAACUGUCCUGCUUCGAGCACGUCAGUCGUGUCCAAGCCCUCAUCAUCUACUCUACCAUCCGUCUCUUCGACAGCGACAUCCGCCAACGCUACCUCGCCGAACAACAACUACCCACUCUCUACUCCUGGUCAAAUAUCAUGCUGUCACGCGCUGCGAAGAACAGUCAUCUCCUGCUCCAGAGCUCCCUCGAAGACGUCGCGCCGGGGUUGACACAGGCCGUCUCGCCCACGCAGCAGGAGGAAGUCCUCUGGCGGGCCUGGAUCCGGUCCGAGAGUAUCCGGCGCACGUGGCUAGUCGCGCAGAUGGUGCAUGCUGUCUACCUGGCUAUGCAGGGACGGUCUGUCGAAUGUCCCGGGGGCAUUAUGUUCACGACCAGGAAGGGCGCGUGGGAUGCCGAAUCGGCACAUUCGUGGAUGAAGUUGUGCGCGGAGCGGAAUGUGGGGUUUAUGCAGCGGGGUCGCAUGUAUACGGUCAUGGAGGAAUAUCGGCCAGACGAGGUGGAUGAGUUCGGAAAGUCAAUUAUGGAGAUGGAUUUUGGGGUGGAGAGGAUGGAGAGUUGGGGGGAGAUAUAUUAA